AUGGCCACGAAUUUUUGGGCGAGCUCUCACUACAAACGCUGGAUUCUCGACAGGGCUACUCUCACACAGGCCCGUGCAGAUGAUCUGCAAUAUGUUGACAGCCCAGAUCAUCUCGAAUUUCUCGCCAUUUUCUUUGCCAACCUCAUCUCCAAGCUCGGCAAGAAACUCCAGCUGAGACAGCGCGUCAUUGCGACGGCAACCGUUUUCUUCCGCCGCUUUUACGUAAAGAAUUCCUACUGCGAGACUGACCCUUUCAUUGUUGUCGCCGCCUGCUGCUAUGUUGCCUCCAAGGCAGAAGAGUCUCCGGUCCACAUAAAGAAUGUCGUUUCCGAAGCCCGCAUGCUUUUUGGCAGCGAAGAGUACGGCGUCAAGUCCUUUCCCUCGGACAAUUCCAAGCUCGCAGAAAUGGAGUUCUAUCUGGUCGACGACCUUGAAUGCGAUUUGACUGUGUUCCAUCCAUACCGCACGCUUAUGACAAUGUGCGUCAAGGAGGGUGCCUCGACUGCCCUAGAAACCGAAGCUGGAGAGCUUGGUGCAGGCGCCGUCGAUGGGUCGCGCUACUGGGGUACCGGUGAGGGCAGACUCGAGCUGCAGGAAGGAGCCCUGCAGAUGGCAUGGUUCAUUAUUAAUGACACCUACCGCUCUGAUCUCUGUCUGCUCUAUCCGCCCCAUCUCAUAGCCAUCACGGCCAUCUACCUGAGCCUUGUUUUACACUCGUCCACGCGUACGACCAUCCAGCUGCAGGUGCAGUCCCAUACGCAGCCUGCGCAGUUUUCCCACUCUGCUAGCCAACCCCUACUGUCCACGUCUUCGGUUCCUCGGCGCUCCGCGCGCUCUACCUCUAGCAGCCACAAGAAGCAGCCACAGGAUAUCGUCGGAUUUAUGGCAGGCCUUCAUGUGAGCAUGCCGCUGAUCGCGACCAUUGCGCAGGAAAUGGUCUCGCUCUACACCCUCUGGGACCGGUACAAGGAAGACCCGAACGCCGAGUCCGCGCGCGGCGCGUUUGCUACCACCGGGCGGAAACGUGACGUCUCCGGUGCGCUCCGCGGCGGUACCGCAGACGGCAAACAGGAUACUGUCCAGUCGUUCGUUACACCCAUGUUCCUAAUCCGCUCGCUUAUCCGGAUGCGUGAGGCACGUUUAGCAGACAUGGCGCAUCCGGCCAGUGGCAGACCCGUCGCUGUGAAUAAGAUGCUCGAGCGAGCGCAAGCCGCUGGAUGA